CGCAGGUGAGCCAAAGUAAGGAUUUUCAUGCACCGCAAGACAGUAUCAUACCGCCGAAUUAUGAAUUAAUGACUCGGAUAGCGGAGAUUGGCACUAUGAUGCUCGAUAUUACAAAGGACCCCUCUCGAACGAGAUGAGGCAGGAUGCUUUAUAUCACCUUAUAAGGUCGUACUUGGACUUCUUCGCACAAAAUACCCUCGAGACAUGGCUGGCACAUGGUACGCUGUUGGGUUGGUGGUGGAACAAAAAGGUCCGCGAACGCGAUACAAGCCCGUAAUGCGCCGCCAGUGACAUGACUGACGUGGACCAGAUGCUUCCUUGGGAUACGGACAUCGACACACAAGUAUCUGUACAGACACUGGAACGUCUCGGCUCGGAGUAUAAUCAGACCUUGCAUCGGUACGACGACUCGGUCUCGACGUCACGGUGGAUGCGGAGGGCCGUUCAACGGGACUAUUUCCUCGACGUGAACAGCUGGAUCGGGGAACGGACAUAUGGAGACGGCCAGAACGUCAUCGACGCGAGGUGGAUCGACGUCCGCAACGGCCUCUUCAUCGACAUCACCGGCCUGACUGAAACCGCGCCGGAGCGGAACCCUGGUAUGGUGCAAUGCAAGAACAACCAUUUCUAUCGGGUCGAGGAUCUGUUUCCGUUGACGGAGACCACAUUCGAAGGCGUGACGGCGCUGGUACCGAACAACUCGGCUCGCGCUUUGACGGAGGAGUAUGGAGAGCAAAGCUUGGUCUUGGAGCAGUUCAACGGGUGAGUGGUUCCGGAGUGAGGGUACACGAUGGGGUCGAUCUGACGAACUUGCAGCCAUAUCUGGAAUGCGACUCUCCAGGAGUGGGUAUUGCCCGGGACCGGGAGCAGCGGACCUCCGCACUUCUCCCAAUUUGGGUCAUUAGCGGCGUUAACAGCGGCUUUGGAUAAGGCACGAAAUGGCACAUGAUUGGAAUAGUGCGCAUGGAUAGGAUACCUGUGAUCUCGGUGAUUAUGAUGUGGAGGGUAGGCGAAUGGGAUCGUGUUUAGGAGCGAGUAGAGGAUCUGACAACGGUUAAUACUACGGGACGAUAAAUGGAUGGAUUUAUGAAUGCAUCAUGAUCUAAUAGACCAGAUAACCAGAUACCAGUCGAUUUGGUGAUGGCUGUUUUCAUGUUU